UGGAUAAACUGGAGGCAGGGACGAAGGCACGAAGCAUCCCAGGUUGCCUUGCGACAAUGGCGUCGGCAGCUGCUGCGACCGCCAAGCCGAUCCCUCUACCGCCGGCGCCAAUCCGCCGCCGCGGCGGCGGCUGUUGCUGGAAGACCAGGCCGGUUCCCCUCGCCGCGGCGCGGCUUAGGGUCUCCGCCUCCGCCGCCUCGUCGGACGUGCCGGACUUCCUCUCGUCCAACUGGCUUGAGACACGCAAGAGAAAGCCCUUUGGUCCCAGGUUGAAUUUUAGUGCAGAAGAAGCAGUGGAAUACCAACUUGAGUCCUUGAAAUACAAUGAUCAGCCCCGCCAGGAUUAUGGGAUAGAGGUCAUGUACCGGUUUGCAGGCUUCGACCCCUUUGAAAGGUCAACUUACUUCGGACGACAAUUUGAUCUAGGACAGUUUGAACGCUUCCGACGCUUGUUUCACCAUUCAGCUUACAGAGUGUUGCUAGGCCACAAAGAAAGAAAGAUAUUAAGCAGCUUAUGGGUUGGAGAGAACCAAUUUAAACAAAGAGUUUGGGUACAAGGAGCCCGUCCCGAGGAAGAAGGAAUAUUUCAGUUUACAAUGGUUCAGAGAGUUGGAGGCUCGUGGGAUGGUUACUGGCUAACUGAGAGCUUAAUCAACGAUGGGGACGCAUUCUCAGGUGGUAUUGCUUACUGAUGUUGUGAAUCGAUGUAAAUAUUGAUCCGGUAGAUGUAUAGCAGUGUAAACCGUUGGCUCAGGAAUAGGAUCUUCCUUGGUCGUUGAAGAUGUAAUACGAGUGGCAGAACAGCAGCUGGUAUGAGCAGUGCAUAGAAUUUGGCUUGGAUAAGAUAUGCCUUUCUGGAGAUCUUUGGCAAUGUAGAACACGCUACUACUGUACAGAGAUAGCCCUUUCACGUUUGCCACAAAUGGUCAAACCUGCAUAUCCUUGAAGUA